CUGGACCCGCCCACGUGUUAUAUUAUAUAUAGGCCUACAGGGUGUACAACGUCCCACACCGUCUCCGUCUACAAACAGCACCAUGUCUCCACAGCUCCUGAGCCUGUCUCUGCUGGUUUCCCUGUGUGUGGGGAUCAUGGCAGUUGGAGAGGAAACGUUGGAGGUCACAGCUGUGGUUUCUGCAAACUGUACCCUUCAAUGCACCGCUCGAUACCAGCCCGGUGUCCAGUACAUCGCAGUGCGGUGGUACAAGGUCUCAGACUCCCCGGAGCCUAGUCUCUCGGGCCUCCUGAGCAGAAACCUCCCUAACGGCACCACUCGGUGGUAUGUGGGGGUGCAGCGGGAGUUGGAUCUGCAGGGGGAAAGCCGAGACAUCCUCCUGCCCAAUGUCACCUGCGCAGACCGCGGCAGGUACACCUGUCACCUGGCAGCCCCGGUGGGGGAGCAGAACCGGGAGGGGCAGGUGACCCUCACCCUCACAGAUUGUCCCACAGAAAGUCCCACUGAAAAACUGAUGACAGACAACUACAUGGUGAUUUUCGCCUCGGUGUUGCUGCUGCUUGCACUUUUAAUUUUCCUCAUAAGCUACAGGAGUCUGACCCACACCCUCAGAGACAGAAACGUGACGACACAAAAAGAAGCUUUCCUGCAUGCAAACAAACCGCUUGAUGAAAAGGACUUAGACUCGAUUAAAAUCCUGGGUCCUAAAGUGUCUAAAGAGAAGCAGUACUGGGUCUGAAGACUAAGAUGAGGCUGGAAACUGCAUUCCCUGAAGACCCCACAAAAUAGCUUCUUUUCAACGUAAGGAUCCACACUGUCUAUUGGAGACACUUCAGUUCGGAUGGCAUUAGCAGUACGGCCGUGCUACAAACUCACCACCCGAUGCAGUAAUGCUUUCUAAUUAACAAAGCCUUCAAAUUGAAUUCUUCACUCAAGGAUCGAAACAACUCUCCAGAAGCUAAAGCCAGAUGUGGAGCCAGAGCGGGCUGACCCUCCGCGGGUAGGAAACUGGACGUGGAGCUGGUCGACGUGGUGGAUCAGAAGGGCAGCGAACCCCGACCCUCCCGAUCUAUGUGUGGGAGAGUCCCUGGAAUAGACACUGAUCAACAUCCGUUUUAGGAUGCAUCCAUACCGUGUCAUUAUAAUGUUGCUGCUGGUAAGGGUGGAGGCCUUGGAAGAAACACUGACCCUUAAUCUGCUCCCGAUGGCCUUGCAGGGUAGCUUGGUGUGAAAUUUGACUAAAUUAUCUCAACUAAAUUCCCACUUACUAGUUUUUUUCGAAAGCUGUGAAAGAUUGGUUCAGAUCGAAUCCUCUGAGGAAGAAACAAUCUAUUAAGUGGAACUGGAGUUAAGAAGCGUUGGUUAUUAAAAGAAGUCAGCGAAAGUAAGAUAAGGGACCACUGAACAGCAGACCAACUCAAGGCGUUAUUUCUAGACAAUAAUUAGAGAGUUUUUGCACAGCGUUUAAAGUCCUCAACCAGUCACAUGGGGGGGGGAGGAAAUCAGCCAAAAACAAUACAAACAUAACUUUAUUAAUCGUUUCCACGCUGACAGAGACUGCGGAUAGAACUACAGUACAGUUUUGAGCUCUUGAGUUUUGAUUCUGACGUACUGUUAUGGAUGCAUGGCAGUAUAUUACAGUUAGCUCCACCUCUACCGGCAGCAAACUUCACAUCAACACAAAAUGGGCGUUCUCCAUAAUGACUUUUUGUUCAUCCAGUAUUUGUUCUUGUUGUUUUGUACUUUUAUACAGUAAGAAAAGAACGCAGGACUUUCACUUCUACAGUGUUGUAUAAUAAAGUUAAAGAUCUGAAUCACACCUCUGAAAAUAAACGCACAGAUGAAUAUUU